AUGUCCGUCGAGGGAAUAUUGCAUGCAGUACGUCACUAUUCUGGUUGGUAUGAUGACGAUUGGUCCGACUGGAUGUCUCAUUCAGUCACUAGUAAUCUACUACUAGCAGCCGCCAGUGUGAUUUCGUACAAGGCGUUCGUGGAUAGGCCUGUCGAAUGCAUGUCGCCAACAUAUUUCCCGGAUUCUUGGACUACGGUUAGAUACUAG